AUGAGAGUAUGCCGUGACUGUAAAAGAACAGAUGAUGAUUCAGAUCUGAAAGAUAGGCAUGAUCCCUUCAUACAACGUAUAACCAAAGUUGUCUUGCCCAAGAUGUUUAAAGCGCCUUCGUUCACUUUGUACGAUGGGAAAUCAGAUCCUACUGAUCAUGUUCAUCAUUACAAGAAGGCUAUGACAUUACAUGCAGAUGAUGAAGCACUCAUGUGCCGGAUAUUGCCCAGCAGCUUGGGACCGCUCAUCGUCAGAUGGUACUACAAACUCGAACCAGCUUCGAUCAAAAGUUUCUAUCAGCUCCAAAAGUCUUUCAGAGCCAGAUUCAUUACGAAUGAAACCCAACCAAAGCAAGCAGAUUCUCUUUGGACAAUGAAGAUAAAAUAUAGAGAAACCUUAAGUGACUACUCAGCUUGUUAUUGGGAAUGUUUUAAUUUGGUAGAUGAUGACUGCAACAAUUCCAUGGCAAUCAUGGCUUAUAAAAUGGGGUUGCAUCUGGACAGCCAGCUCAGGAGCUUGUUAACUCAGAGCCCUUCUAAAACAGUUUACCUCUUGAUGAAAAAAGUUGAAAAGUAUUGUAAAGUGGAAGAUGACGCAAUUUGGCUCAAAGUGGGCUUGCAAGUAGAUGAAUCGAUAACACCCGUCAUGGCACAGCCUUUAAUUGUAGUGCCACCAGAAAGAACCCUACCGAAAAGGAGCCCGGACACAAAGUGCCAAUCUAGGAGAGAUCACCGUCAGGAAUCACGUCAACGAAAUGAGUUGUACCAGUUGGCGAGCAGGUGCCCACAGCAGCUAGAGAAACAAUAUGCAGAGUUCAUUGAACCAAUCGGUAAAAUUUUGAGCAAGAUACAACAUCAGCCUUUCUUCAGAUGGCCAAGUAAACUGUUCAGGCCACCCAACAAGAGACAAAGGGAUCAGAGAUGCGAGUAUCAUAAAGACUAUGGACACAUAAUCAACAAGUGCUACGCUUUGAAAGAUCAUUUGGAAAAGUUGGUUCAAGGAGGUCGAUUGGUCGAAUUCCUUCCCAAGACGGAGAACCCACCAGGUUUUGACCCAAUGGUCGCUAUGUACAGCUUGAAUGUCAAUCCAAAGGCUAAGCCGAUUAUCCCAAUAAUUCGUCACUCGGGCGCAGAACAUACCACAGCCGUAAUUGAUGAAGCUGAUAAGUUACUGGAGGCUGGAGCAAUCUGGGAAGUUGCUUAUCCCACUUGGCUGUCUAACACUGUUGUGGCGAAGAAGAAAACAGGGUCAUGA